CCCGAUUUCAGCGACUAUCCCAUUGAAGAUACCAUACCUUACAAUCAAAAACAAUUGUUGCUGAAAGACUCGAAAACAGGAUCCGAGAAAAUCCGAACGGAAAAAUUCGAAAUCCGUAUCCACAAAAAAGAACUUGUCGGACACGAAAAGCAUCUACGAUUACGACAAUGUCAGAUCGGCUAGAAAAAGACUGAUGGACGAUGUCGACUAUGUUCCGACCGAGAUUCUGAAAGACACGUUCGUGAAAAACGAAGAGACGCGGUUGAGAAGGUCGAAAUUUGAACAGAGAGACGUUAACACGCAUUACGACAAGAUCAAGAAAAGGAGGAUAUCCAGAAGAUCAUCCAGAAAAAAUUGGACGAUAUGAAGGCGAACGAAACUUUGAACCUUUGGCAGUUGGAAUCGGAGAAAGAAGUGCAAGAUUGGUCUAGUGGCAAUUACAGAGGGAAGAGAGCGGUUAAUUACACCUUUGAAAGUUCUUCUAAAAUCACGUCAGUAGGUGCCAUUUUAGACUCUUUGAAUUCCACGAAUCAGUCAAAUACCAUAGACUUGGUAUUCAUAACUUACUGGCAACCAGUGAACGUACAGCAACCAAGUUCUCUAAAAAAUGACAUCCAGGAAUGUAUCGAAGACAAAAUGGCACUGAAUUCAAAAGGUGUGUAUCCCGUUUCAAAUAUGUUUGUUACCAGUUUUGAGAGCUUUGAAUAA